UAAACCAACCGCACCGGAGGAGAGAGAAGAUCGAACCCUGACGGAGUCGAUAGCGACUCACUCUGCACAUGAGAGAGAGAGAGAGAGAGAGAGAGAGAGAGAGAGAGGAAGAGGAGAUGAGUUGUUCUGUGUAGUCUAAUGGAUUCGCACAAUUCGACCACGAUUAUCACCUGUUAUCUAUGAUUCUCUGCUUCGUCAAUCGAAAUCACUCAAAUUUCGCAAACAAAAAGAUGCUGAAUUGAUCGUCCCCGCCACAAUGAACCCAUUCUCGGCCACAAUGCAUGUGAUUUGUAGCCCUAGAACUGGCUCAGACACUUCAAUUUCAGCUUGAACCACCUUAUACAUGCUCUUUGCUUGCUGUUUCGGCACAAAACCCUAACCGAGUCUCUGGACCGAUAUGCGAAGUGGCUUUUUGGAUUUUUAUGGAAAAGACGGGCAAAAAAACGGAGACAAUGGUUUGACAACAUGCAGUGAUUUUUUUCACUAAAAUGUUUGGUUCCAAAACAUUAAUUUCGAUACUGAUAUGAAUAGAGAAGAGCUUGGGAAUGUCAUGAAUGUGAGAGUCAAACCAGCAGGUGGAUUCGUUGUGAAAAAUAAUGGCCAUAGAGAGGAUGAAGGAGAGUCCAAGCUUGAACCACAUGUGGGGUUAGAGUUUGAUUCAGCAGAAGAGGCACAGGAGUUUUAUAAUUUAUAUGCAGCACAAGCAGGGUUCAGAAUUAGGAUUGGUCAGUUGUACAGGUCUAGAGUUGACGGAGCGGUUAUUUCUCGAAGAUUUGUGUGCUCAAAGGAGGGUUUUCAAACCAACUCUAGAACAGGUUGUCCAGCAUUCAUAAGGGUACAAAAAAGUGAUUCUGGGAAGUGGGUUCUGGCCAAUAUCAAGAAAGAGCACAAUCAUGAGCUCGGACUUCCAGGGGAAAUUCGUCCACCCCAUAUACAAAGGAAAGUCCUUCCAGCUCCAAAAUCGCCAAUUGUAGUGUCCUCCAGGACAGGAAUAAGAUCACUUGAGGAGGAGGAUGGACACCCAAGCCCAUCAGGUGUCAUUGAUGUCAAACGCCUUAAGAGGGAAGAAACGGAAGGAAUACCACACAAAGUAGAACCAUACAAAGGUCUUGAAUUCGGUUCUGCUAAUGAAGCAUACAAAUUUUACUAUGCAUAUGCAGCUGGUACAGGGUUCAAAGUCCGGAUUGGUCAGUUGUUUCGUUCAAAACAUGAUGGAUCAAUUACAUCUCGAAGAUUUGUGUGCUCAAAGGAAGGGCAUCAGCACCCUUCAAGAGUAGGUUGUGGUGCAUUCAUGAGGAUACAGAGGCAAGAAUCAGGAAGAUGGGUAGUUGAUCGUCUUCAAAAAGAACACAAUCAUGAUCUUGAUUCUCCGAUGGAUGCUAGUAGACUAAUUAGUGCUGCUCCGAAGGGAUUUAGAGAUGAAGUAAGUAGUGGAUUGGAAAACUUGGAUUUAGUUGAAACAAAUGGUGGCAUAAACCUUGUCAAAAGAGGCCGUCAAAGUAAUGUUGGAAGCGAUUGGUAUCCUGUGCUUCUUGAUUAUUUUCAGUCUCGUCAAGCAGAAGAUACAGGGUUCUUCUAUGCUGUAGAAGUUGAUGAUGGCAAAUGCAUGAGCCUUUUUUGGGCUGAUGGCCGGUCUAGGUUUUCAUGCAGUCAAUUUGGGGAUGCCAUUGUUUUUGAUACAGCAUACAGGAGCAGUAGUUAUUUGGUGCCGUUUGCUUCAUUUAUUGGAAUUAACCACCAUAGGCAACCAAUGCUUCUUGGGUGUGCUUUGAUUGCCGAUGAAUCAGAGGAAUCUUUUACUUGGGUGUUUCAAACAUGGCUUAGGGCAAUGUCCAGGCGCUGUCCUUUGUCGAUAAUAGCUGAUCAAGAUAAGGCCAUCCAACAUUCAAUUGCACAAGUUUUUCCUGGAACGCAUCAUCGUUUUUCUACAUGGCAAAUUAAAGCGAAGGAACAGCAGUAUUUGGGUGCACUGCUUUCCAUAAAUACCGAGUUCAAAUAUGAAUACGAGACUUGCAUUUGUCAGAGUCAGGCACCUAGUGAAUUUGAUUCUGCAUGGAACGUACUUCUUAACAAAUAUGACUUGAAGGAGAAUGCUUGGUUGAAAGAAAUGUACAGAACGCGCAAAAGUUGGGUUCCAUUGUAUAUAAGGGGUACGUUCUUUGCAGGGAUCCCUAUGGAUGGAAGCAUGAAAUCAUUUUUUGGUACGUUUCUGAGUGCCCAAACUCCCCUUAACGAAUUUGUUUUACGAUAUGAAAAAGCUCUUGAGCAACGUCGUGAGGAGGAAAAAAAGGAGGAUUUUAACUCAUUUAACAUGCAAUCUGUUUUGCACACAAAAGACCCCAUAGAAGAACAAGGUAGAAGGCUUUACACAAUCACAAUGUUCAAAGCAUUCCAGAAAGAGCUUUUGGAAUGCUACAGUUAUGUUGGAAUAAAGAUCAAUGUGGAAGGUGCUAUUAGUAGAUAUUUGGUGCAGACGUGUGGGAAUGGGGAGGCAAGGAAUACUGUUGCCUUCAAUGCAUCGAACCUUAAUGUUAGUUGUAGUUGUAAAAUGUUUGAAUUUGAAGGUGUGCUUUGUAGACAUGCGUUAAAAGUAUUCCAAAUAAUGAACAUAAGGGAACUUCCAUCUCGCUACAUCUUGCACCGGUGGACAAAAAGUGCCAAGUAUGGUAUUCUACGGGAUGUUGAUUCAGGAGGUGGCUCUCAAGAUUUCAGGCCCUUGAUGCUGUGGAGUUUAAGAGAAGAAGCUCGUAACUUUAUCGAGUCGGGGGCUGCAUCUCUAGAAAGAUACAAACUUGCUUUUGAGAUUAUGCAAGAGGGUAGAAGAAAUCUUUGUUGGCCAAACUGAGAAGUAUCCUGGACAAAGGCAACCAAAGAUAGCAGAAUGACAGAGUUUAUGAUGUUUGACUGGUGGUGACUGUUUGAGGUCUCAUGCUCAGACUGGUAACCUGGAUUUUGUGUUUGCUACUCAUUUUGAAAGCAGAAGAAUAUGUAGUAUACACAGAAUCAGCUAUCUUUUUUUGUCAUUGUGUUCUUGAUCCUGUUUUGUUUGAAAGAUUGACUGGAAUUCUCUCAUGUUCAUUGGUUGUUAAAUUGGUGGUUAUAUUUCUUCAGCAUAUGAAAACAAAAAAGGAAAUUGAUUUCAA